AUGGCGUACGGUUGCCCUUUCGCCGCGGCAAGCAGUAACGCCGGCGGCGCGUCCCGCGGUGCAGCGCGCUGCCCCAUUUUCCUGCUAGUAGGCGCCGCGAUUUGCGCCGCGUUCACCGGGCUGCAGGAGGUGGUGCCGGCGGCGUGGCUGCAGCAGCUGCUGGUGCUCCGCUUCUUCUCCGCGGCGCGCGUGGGCGACCGGCCGUGGCGGGACGUCGUCGCUCUCUCCGUCGCCGCCGUCGCAACACAGGCGUGCGGCAUGACAGUGGCGUAUGCGGGCAUGUAUGCGGUGGGCCCCACGGCGCACACGCUCGCCUCCAUGCUGCUCGUGGCCCGCAACGUGCUGCCCAUGACCGCCGUGCUGCUGCUGCCCUGCCUCGCUGACUCGCUCUUCCGCUUCACCUACAGGCUCUCUCAGAACCUGCAUCCGCUCGUCUUCCCCCUCGUCUCUACCUCCAUCUGGACGCUCCUCACGCUCCUCUCCCCUUUCGGCGCCACAGCCCACCCCCUCUACUCACUCCGCUCCGUCCUGCCCCUCGUGCAAGCCACUGCGUGGGUGGGCAUGGAUGGGGUGCUGCUGGUAGUCGCGUGGCUGGUGGCGGGGGUUCAUCAAGUGAUGUGGGAGCAGGAUGCGGUGGGGAGGGGCGAGGAGGGGUGGAGGAGUGGCGGUGGGAGGGUGGUUGGGGAGGAGAGGGAGGAGGGGUACAGUCAAUUGUGGGGUGAGGGCUGUAGUGGUGGUAAUGCAGUGAGGGAUGGAGGAGGAGAGCGAGAAGGAGGCGGAAGCGAGGGAGUGAGGGGAGGAAGGGACGAGGGGAGAGGAGGAGAAGGAGCAGGUGGGGAAAUCAGGGGUAGGGGAGGCGGCAGCGGGUGGAGCCAUGUGCAAAUCAGUGCGGCACUGCUGGUGGUGCUGAUGGCAGCAGGGUCGGCAAGGGAAACCGUGCUUUCAUCCAGUUUCUUCCAGAAGCCACUCGCAGACACCAUGGUCCCUUCCGUCCCUGUCUCCUGCAUCCUCUCGCAAGCUGCCACCAACAACAUACCUCCCCAGCCUCCCUCCUCGCUCUCUCAAGUUACUCAACAUACUGCUUCUGCUGAUGCAGCAGGGGCUAGGCAGCUAAUGCAGGGGGGAGAGGGGGGAGUAGGUGGGAAGCUGGGGGGAGUGGGGGAGGGAGAUGCGGAAGGGGAAGUAUCGUCAGCAGCAGGAGCCAUAGCAGGAGGAGAAGCAGCAGCAGAAACAGCAGAAUCAACACCACCAGCAGCAGCAACAGCAGCAAGGGAGACAUGGGAGGAGUGGGAGGCAUGGCGAGUGGCAGGCAUAGCACGCAUGGUGCAGCAGACACAGCAGAGGGCGAGAGCAGGCGACGCAUUGAUUCUCUGGUCAGAGGCGGCAGUGAUUCUGCUGCACGCCCAUGAGGAGGCCACCCUCCUGGCUGAUCUCGCUGCUAUUGCCACCGCUGCCAGUGCCAACCACACUGCCGCUGCUGCUGCUGCUACCGCUUCAGCUGCUGCUGCUGCUGCUGCUGCUGCUAGUGCUGGUGCCGAUGCAGCCUUGUCUGCUCUUGGGCCAUUUAUCGGCGCGUCGUAUAUGAAGCUCAUCUCCCCGGCGCAAUUCACCAACUCAUUCGCCCUCAUUGCCCCCAGCGGCGCCCCCAUUCUCCGCUACAACAAGUCACACCCCGUGCCCUCCGUGGAGAGCAAUGUUUUGGCAGGCAGUGGCACACUCCCCGUGGUGGACACGCCUCUUGGGAGGCUGUCUGUCGCCAUCUGCUUCGACCUGCAGUUCCCUGCUCUCAUCAGCCAGGCGGGGAGACAAGGAGUGGACAUUCUGCUGCAGCCCAGCUGGACGUGGGGCGCCAUUGGCCACGUGACACUCCAGACGGAUGCAGUGAGGGCAGCAGAGAACGGGCUCACACUGCUGCGCUGCUCCUCCAUUGGGGUCUCGGGUGUGGUCUCCCCGUACUACCGCACCCUUGAUGCACAGGAAGGACUAGACACUGGGCUACUCACGAUGGUACUGCCCCUCCAGCCCCAUGCCCCAGCUCUCUACCCCUAUGCUGGCCUCCCUAUGUCGCUCCUCCUCCUCUCCCUCACUCUCCUUGCAGCAUUCCUCGCCAUUGCCCCUCCCUUCCUCUCCCUCCCCUUCUGCCGCUGUCUUCCCAACUCCGUCUGCUCGCUGCUGCCUCACCAUCUCUGCUUGGCCGGACAGCGGGAGGAGAGGGAGGGGAAGAAGAGGAAGGGAUAG